ACUGCCAAUAGGAGAGAAGAAGUCUGCCUGGCACACCAACCGGAUCUCCGCGCAGAGCAGAAGCUCAUGGGAUGUGGGCUCUUGAAACGAUGUAGCUCACAAUUAGGAGGGAACAGCACUCACCCAGCAGCCCCUUCCUGCCAUGGACUGAACAAGUGUCAUUUUUCUCUGCCACCAACCCAGUUACAGGGAAACAAAACGGAUACUGUAGUUAGUUAUCUAGAAAGGGGCACCCACAGGGUUAAGUCACAUUUGUCACUAACCAGUUAAUACUGAGCUCAGAACCAGAGUCCACUAACACUCUUCCACUAUAGACUCUCCUGCCUGGCACAGCACCACCAGCCAUAACUACGUACAACAUGCACUGGCACAGCAGCUGUAAGGCACCACCAGCCAUACCCAGUCUAAUAACUAUAGCCAGUCCAACAUGGCUGGUGCCCGGCAAGCUCACAGUGCUGUGGCAUGUGCCGCCAUAUAAAUGUCUCGGCUCCUUAUAGAAAAGGCUCAGGGCACAAUAGGAAAAGGUUGAGAAGAAGAGCCUUUGCGGGCAGUUUGCCAGUUACAACCAUGGCCAGUGGGGUGGUACCAAUGCCAGGCAGCAGUUUACAGGAUGCCCAGCCACAUCGGCUACAGACGUGAAUACAUUUUGGAGAUUUUUAAAUGGGCCACAAAUGCCAUUUAUAAAAUUACCUGAGUGUCUGUGGCAGGACAGUUAUUAGGGGAGUUGGCCCAGCCAUAUGUCGGCACAAUGUGACCCAGUGCCAGACGUGAUCUCACGGAGCAAAGAAAGCGACUCAUGCCGCCUCUUCCUCCCACACAGCAGCCACAUUAACCACUUUCAAGACCAUGGGGGCAGGGAGAAGUGCAAGCUCUUUGGGGCAGAUCACAAGAACGCAAUUCACAUGCACAGACCAGGCAGCCAAUCUCCUGUCAAAUACUUUACUCAUGAUCAAGUGGACGGUACAAUCAACUCCCAGCACCCCAGUUACAACUCCUGGAACACCAGCAGAAUGCCAAGAAGUAGCGCCAAGUUCUAGCAGCCACCCAGGACCCUCACAGAGCCAAUAAGGACCCAGCCCUGGGACAUAUAGACGCUGGCAUUCCUAGAACAGAGAGGCCCCCCCCCCCAACUAUACAGCGACUAAGCCCACUCACAAUCUGCCCCUCCAGGGGAUAAAGCACAAGGCUCUGCCCCAGUGAAUUCCCCAAUUAUGGGAGAUAAAUUGCCUCCAGCGAUGGAGAAGAGUACUCCUCCAAUAAGGAGUGAGGAAAAGCAACAACUUUUUGCUGCUACUAAGGCAGAGAUGGAAAAGGAGAAAGGGGAUACCAUCACGGCCAAGAGAACGAUGGACAUCAGCGCUGAAAAGGAAAGUGGGAGAAAAAGGAAGAAAAAGGUUAAACAUCAGUGCAGUGACAACAUCAUGGAGGAGGAUUAUACGGAAAAAGAAAAGAAGGAAAGAAAAAGACCACGAAAUGAUGAGGACCCCAUCAAAACAGAGGAAGCAGGAAGUGAGCAGAAGAGGCCCCACCAAGAAGAAGAAGAAGUUCCUCUCCAUGUUGCAGUCAGCACGUGUAAGAUCCACGCAUUGCUUGGGAUUGGUUCCUUUGGCAAAGUGAUGUUGGCAUCUCUGCCCAACAAGAGCCAGCAGGUGGCCAUAAAGGUCAUAAAGAAGUGCUGCCAGGACCAACUUAGUGAAACCCUCACUGAGGCUCACGUGCUGAAGAUGGCUGCUGGAUGCCCAUUCCUUUGUCAAGGAUAUGGAUCCUUCCAUACUCAGCGUCAUGCUGUUAUGGUCAUGGAGUACAUCAGCGGAGGGACCUUGGAUCAAAAGAUUCUGGAUUCAGGACUUCUGAAGAUGAACUCAGUAAAAUUCUACGCAGCGGAGAUGGUUUGCGCCCUUCAGUAUCUCCACUCAAAUGGGAUUAUCCAUCGAGAUUUCAAAGCAAAUAAUGUCCUAAUGACCAACAAAGGACAUAUUAAGAUUCUCGACUUUGGAAUGGCGGUUGAGGGCAUCUUUGGAGAGAAAAAAGCCAGAGGAGUAGUAGGGACAUUGCCCUACCUGGCCCCUGAGGUAAUCAGAGAUGAGGAGUAUGAUGCAGGAAUAGACUGGUGGAGCCUUGGAAUCACCAUAUAUAAGAUGGCCACCGGAUCUCAUCCAUUCGGCUUGGAAAAUGAUUUGUCAAACUUCACCAACGACAUUCUCUAUAAGGAGCCCUACAUUCCAGAAUGGCUGACCAAACAACUGCAAGAUCUCCUGCGAAAGCUACUGACGAAAGAUCCUAAGAAGCGACUUGGCCGCAAUGGGAACAUUCGGAAGCACCCAUUUUUCUGUUCCAUCGAUUGGGUGAACCUAGAAAAGCUGAAUGUACCACCCCCUUCCAAACCAAAAACAGUGCCAUCGGUGGAUUUCGGCAAGACAAUUGAAGAGCCGCUGUCAUUGUUGGAGUCUAUAAAAUACAAGAUGUCUUCAGAAUGCCUCACGCCGUCAUCCGAGUUGGAGCACCCAAGCCAUUGUUGGACAUCCAGGAAUCUCUGCCAUUGUCAGGCCCAACCAAUGGCCAUCAACUCUCCAUACCAUCCGUUUCCAUUUGGUCCUUUUGGCUUCUCCGCCCAGCCUUACACUGCAUAUUGGCCUCAUGUCGGCUUCUACCAACAGCCUUUUCCAUCAGUUCCUUAUAAUCUCCAUCCUUUCCUUGGUCCUGUUAUUAGACCUCCGCCAGUUUCAGUCUUAGUCCCAGUUUAUCAUAACCUGCCUCUUGAUGUCGUCAACACCCCUUGGCCUUUUCCAUCACACCUGCAGUAACCAUCGUCCUUUGGCUCUAUCAUUGGCCCUUAACAUCUUGAGUCUCUGGCCUUUGUCACUUUUCCCUAACGCUUAUUUUUGACCCUUCGUUGUUAAUAACACUUGUUCUUUCCAUCUGCCUCUAGCCUUUUCCAAUGGCUACUGUCUCAGGCCCAUUACAUCGGCCUUUUCCAUCACUCACUGUUUCUGCAGUGACCCAUUCAACCGCCUUUACUUCUAGCCCUUACCACCGGGUACUGUCUCUGGCCCUCACCAUCAGCCACAACAGUGGCCCAUUCCAUUGGCCUUCACCUCUAGCCCUUAACAUCGGCUGCUCUCUCUGGCCCUCACCACCGGCCCCAACACUGGCCCAUUCCAU